ACGUAAUUAUUGUGAGACUUGUUUACAACGAAUCAAACAAUAAUAGCCUUUGAUUGCAUCAGAUAUUGGAUCAGCUCUUAAGACAGCUAAUAGUCAUCUGAAGACACGACACAAUGUUAUCUGUUAUGAGACAACCGAUACUUUGCGGCCAAUCAUCUGGACGUUUGGGUCAAUCGGUGGUCAGGCAGUGGACGGCCGGCAAAGUCAACAACACAUCCGUUCAGACAAUGAUGAAACGACUGAUUGGCGACACGAGAACCCGAGUCCACUCACACGCCACGAGACGGAUGGAAGUGAAGCGACAGACACUGAAGGAGCGGCUGAUGGCGCCGACCUCUGGCCUCCCCUUCAACAUCGGUCAGGGAGUAGUGGCCGGAAGCGCUCUCUUCGGUUUAGGCGCCCUUUGCUAUUACGGUCUCGGACUCAGCAAUUCUGCCGGCAUUUACGAGCGUUCAAUGGUUUGGGAUCAGUACGUGAGGGAUAGGAUACACACGACGUACGCCUACUUCGGCUCAGGUCUGGGCAUAACAGCGGCCGCCGCUGUCGGCGCUCUCAGGAGUCCAGCGAUGAUGCGAAUGAUGUCUAAGAACUCAAUGAUGUCACUGUUGCUAACGAUGGGCGCAAUGAUCGGCACAGGAGUUAUCGCCCAAUCCAUACCCUAUAAGGAGGGCUUUGGCACCAAACAGAUGGCGUGGGCCCUACACUGCGGUGUUGUGGGCGCUGUCAUCGCUCCGCUAUGUCUUCUCGGCGGACCACUUAUACUGCGGGCCGCGUGUUAUACGGCGGGUAUUGUGGGCAGUCUGUCGGCAGUGGCCGCGUGCGCCCCAAGCGAUAAGUUCCUCACAAUGGGUGGCCCUCUGGCCAUCGGUUUGGGUGUUGUGUUCGCCGCCUCUAUGGGGUCGAUGUUUUUGCCGCCGACCACAGCGUUGGGCGCCGGCCUAUUCUCGCUGAGUCUCUACGGAGGACUCGUACUGUUCAGCGCUUUUCUCUUGUACGACACCCAACGCAUUGUCCGCAAAGCCGAGACACACCCCGUCUAUGCCGACAGACCUUUCGAUCCGAUCAAUGCGUUAGUGAUUUUGUUUGAUUUAUCCAUUUCCAUCUAUUUGGAUGUCAUCAACAUCUUUGUCCGUUUGGUGACAAUACUAUCCAUGGGUGGCGGUCGACGCAAAUAAAUGUUGGGCACCACUCUCUGUGCGCCCAACCCUUUGCGGACGUUUCCUAUGCUUUCAAUAG